UACCCCAACCAAAGGAAAAUGGCAACUAGCUUGAGUUUUUGGUUGUGUUUUUUUCUAAUUGUUUUCUCCCUUUCUGGUUCUGAAACCCGCUCGAUUCUUCCAUUCUCAAUGAGGAACCAGGCAUUGUUAGAGGGAAGGCAUUACAGUUCCAAGGAAAUUUCAAGCAGGGUGACCAGAAGGCAUUCAAUGAUGGUGGAAGCCAAGUUAGUGUUGAAAGAGAGCAUGGAGAGACAGGAUGGAGACCCUUUUGAGAAUCCCCAAAGACUGAGUCCAGGAGGACCUGAUCCACCCCAUCACUGAUUAAUCAUUUCUGUCAAAUCUGAUUAGCAUUUGGCAAGCAAGAUUUACAGAAGAUUUCAAGCAGGGUGACCAGAAGGCAUUCAAUGAUGGUGGAAGCCAAAUUAGUGUUGAAAGAGAGCAUGGAGAGACAGGAUGGAGACCCUUUUGAGAAUCCCCUAAGACUGAGUCCAGGAGGACCUGAUCCACACCAUCACUGAUUAAUCAUCUCUCUGUCAAAUCUGAUUAGCAUUUCGCAAGCAAGAUUUACAGAAGAGUUGGAUUUAGUUUUCAAUCUUGUUUAUCAAUGUUAAUUGAAUCUGCUGGCUUUUGUUGUUCCAUGAAAAAAAGAAAGGCAUCUGUUGCAUUAAAACAGUGUAUGUGUCAAUUUGUGUUGUGUUGAACAGUUGAAGCACAAAAAAAAUGAUCCUCCAUUGAGAAAACCAUUAAGAAAGGGUUGAAUACCUA